AGAGAAAGUCGUCAUGUGUGUGGGUCAGUGCCCCUUCGUUUUCCUGACCCUGGGUUAUCCUAGUACGUCAGUAUACAGAACAUCACAGCUGAUUGGUUAUUAGUGAAAGAAGCCAAUCAAUAGUAUUUAUAUUGAUGGCAGCGGAGUCUGACAUCAGAGUUUGAUCACAUACCCAGUAUUACGUGGGACUAUCUAUCUCGGUAGCAGGUGUUUUCUUGGCUAUUUCUAGCCCUGAGGGUAGCCUUCACCCUCACAUUUACAGCUGACCACUUCUCUUUGUGGUGAUAUAGCGUGGCUGGGAUUAUCAGAUCUCGUGUGUGUGUUUGGCUAUAGACCAAGACUAAAUUGUGAUAUUUUUGAUUCACUUGAGGAAUUAAGAUGGCAUCGGCAAAUGAUUCAAAAUGGCAGAAGGAUGCUGCAGACCAGAAUUUUGAUUACAUGUUUAAGCUGCUGAUCAUCGGGAAUAGCAGUGUGGGAAAGACUUCCUUCCUUUUCCGCUACGCCGAUGAUUCCUUCACCUCCGCCUUUGUCAGUACUGUCGGAAUCGACUUCAAAGUGAAAACGGUGUUCAGACAGGAUAAACGGGUCAAACUGCAGAUAUGGGAUACUGCUGGCCAGGAGCGGUAUAGAACUAUCACAACAGCUUACUAUAGAGGUGCUAUGGGAUUUAUUUUAAUGUAUGAUGUCACAAAUGAAGAGUCCUUCAACGCUGUUAUGGACUGGUGUACACAGAUAAAGACUUACUCAUGGGACAAUGCCCAGGUCGUGUUGGUUGGCAAUAAGUGUGACCUUGAGGACGAAAGGGUCGUUUCCACGGAAAGGGGGAAGCAGUUAGCCGAUCAGAUAGGUUUAGAAUUUUUUGAAACUUCAGCGAAGGAGAAUAUAAAUGUCAAGGCUGUAUUUGAACGUUUGGUAGACAUCAUUUGCGAUAAAAUGUCAGAGAGCUUAGACCAGGAUCCUUCCCUUGUAAACAGUCAGACCAAAGGAACUCGACUGACCGAGAAUCCAAACCCCGAGAGCGGAAGUUGUCAGUGCUGAGUGACCACGCCUCCUUCUGCUCUCUCCCGGGCAUUCUGGACUGUAUUUAGUGACACCUUUCAUAAAUAUUACGCUGAAACAAAAUCAUUCACUCUGUAACAAGUGUUGUAUGAACGGCAUAGUGCAAUGGAUGGAAUGAGAAGGACAUGCAAUAUAUUGUAGUAUUAAGGAGUUGUAGUUCAUCGUAGGGUAGUCUCGUCUUGAACUGUUUAUAUCUCCUUACUGUAUAUUUAGAAAGCACAUUAUUAAUCAAAGCAUGUUAUUAAAUCAAUGUUAUUGCACAUUUCUGACAAUUUUAAGUUUUACACAGUGUGUAUGACAUUUUUUUUUUAAGUGUAGGGUUCAAUCAUGUUGAUAAUUCAUCCUUCAAAGAGAUUACCCUUUUUUACGCAAUUUUUGUUUAAUUUGACUAGUUUUGUAUACCUAUCAGUUGUAACGAGUUGAGGGUUUUCUCUGUGAAGAUUUUGUGAUGUGAUAUGUUGAUGAUGAUAUGCGAGUCUUUGAGACUAUUCUCUAUGAAUGGUUAAACCUCCCAGAAUCUCUUGCAUCAUUUUUUUCUGACAGCUGAUAACAAUAUAUUUUACUUAAGUUUUAUUGUGUUUAAAAUGUUCCAGAUGAUAUUUAUAAUUAUGAUGACAUUCCACAUACAGGGUGUUUGAAUAGUAUUUGUUGGAUAUCCAGAUAUAAACUGACUGGUGAUAUUGACAGAAUAUUUCACACGGAUUUGGGAAAUUCUACCACAUUCCUCUCCAUUUCCUUCUUGGCUUUUUAUGUUGGUGAGAUGAGGAAAAUUCUACCACAUUCCUUCCCGUUUCCUCCAUGCCCUGUUGUGUUGGUGAGACUUUGUACAGCAUAUAAAGGUGCUUCCAGAGAGAUCCACUUCAUCAUUAAUGUUUAUUCAAAGAAAUCCAAUUAAUACGAACUUCUGAAAUCCUUUUAUACACUUUAGUGAUAGUCCUCGGAUUGAAAUCCAUAUAUAAUUCAUACUCAAUGUAUAUUCAGAUGCUUUGCUCCAACCUCAAGAAAUCCUAUGUGUAUUGAAUCUUCGGUUGUGGUAUAUUAGAUGUAUAUUCUGUUUGUAUUGUUUAUAUUUUUGUUAGUUUUUUUUUCUACUUGUACACGUCAAUGUUAUACACACAUUCCAGAGUUUAACUUAAAUGUUAUUGCACACACACAAUUGGUUGUGAGGUUCUGUUUUUGUGUUCAUUCUUUAAAUAAAUUAAAACUCAUUGUUCUAAAAACCAAAAGAUAAUGUACGGUUCUUUUGCUCUAAUUAAGGUGGCUGCUGAGAGGAAACUGAGUUUGGUAAAUAAGUGUUCUUACCAUGCGCAAUCAUAAUUGUACAUUUUUGCUGUGUUGUCGAUGUAAAAUUUCAUGAAUGCAGCUCAGUUUAUCAGUGCAUUGGUUCACUCCAUUUGUCAGCGUUUUGAACAUUAAACUUUGUUUCAUAGAUGAACAAACUAUAGUGCUAUUGUGUAAAAAUACAAGUUAGUCAUGUAUUGAUUAGUAUAAUUAUCAAAAAACAAACCCCAAUAUUUUUCUCUCCAGAAUUUUAGGUAAAAUAUUGAACAUAAAAGCUUAUUACAGUAAAACACAGUUAUAGUGAACCUCCAGGACCAGCAAAAAUCAGUUCAGUAUAUCCAAGCAUCAUUAUAUUCAAUAAAAAUUUUGUCAUUUUUCUCUCGCACGAGGGAAUAAAUAUCACUUCGCAAUAAACAUGAAUUUGUCAUAAAGCAUGUUUGUUUGUUAUACAGUGUAAUGGUGUUUUACUGUAGUAUGCUUUGUGGGAUAAUACUAAAUACUGCAUACUUUGACCACAUUAUCAGUGUUAAAGUGAACCAGUUUAUAAAUCUAUUAACUCUGGUGUCUCAUCGUCAUAGAAAGGAAUGAAACAUGUUGUGACAUAUAAUGAGAAGUCAUUCCGCUCUGUAGAAUCUCAGCACUGUAGUUCUAUAGUCUGUAUGUCUGUCUGUGUGUGUGAUCAGACUAGAUCUUGUUAAUCAUUAGUAAAUUGACCAAUAAACUGUUAACAGUC